AUGUCGACUAAUAGCACAACGGAAACCAGAAUCAAGAAGGAAAUUAAAAUGAUUAUGAAAAGCAAAUCAAAGGAAAUUAGCAUACACCCUUGUGUUGAUGACGAUAUUUACAAGUGGAAAGCCAUCAUGAGGCCAUCCGACACAAGUCUGUACAGGGAUACAGAGCUGGAACUAGUAAUAUACAUUCCGGAAAACUACCCAUAUGCACCUCCAAAGAUCGCAUUUGUCACACCGCUGUAUCACCCAAAUAUUAACUCAAGUGGAAAUAUUUGCAUUAGCACGCUCUCCAAAGAUUGGUCACCAGCACUAACCAUAGAAAAAACACUGAUGAGCAUAAUGAGUAUGCUGGACGAGCCAAACCCAAGUGACCCACUUAGACCAGAUGCUGCAGAGUUAUUUUUAUGUGAUAAAGAAGCGUACGAAAAAAAGGUGCGGGAAGUCUGUGAGGCAGUGCGGCAAAAGAAGCAAGACAAAAAUAAUUAA